UCCUUCCCUGUCUCUGUUUCCUCUGUUUCUUCUCAUUGUCUCCCAGUCGGUCUUUCCCUCCUUCUGUAUCCCUGUCUCUCCUCUCGUUGACUCUUUCCUUCCUUCUGUCUCUACCUCCUUCUCUCUCUCUACCCGCAAUCUGCCUCUCUCUUGUUUCCUCCCCUUUCCUCUCUAGGUCGGCCUCCCCGUCUCUUUGUGUCUCUCCCCUUUCCUGUCUCCGUUCCUCAGCCUCCGUCCUCCCUUUGCCCGUGCCUGUCCCCACCAGGAAGCUGCACCGCCCCCAGCAGCAGUGAAGGUGAUCACCGCACCCUUUGCCUCCCCGCCCUCUCCAGCCUCUUCCCUUGGGCUCCGCGCUCCGAGCUCGAGGGCGCCCCCUAGACGCUGGCCGACAGCGCUCCCUCGCUGGUGUGGCGGCAUGAUCCCCUCCAAGAGUUUGGUCUACCAGAGAGCCCUCAUGUCCUUGGCGCUUUUCUUGUCCCUGACCGCCGUGUGGCGGGCUCUGGACCCCGUAGCUGAACCCCCGUGGUCUCUGCGGCGUGGCUGGGCUGGGGACGCCUUUCCUGGCCACUAUGACUUUGGGCUGAGCCCCCAUGAGGCCAGGGUGGCCCAGGAGAAGAACCUGCGGAUGUGGGAUGUGCAGACUUCCACCUGCACCGCCAACUUGUCGGUGAUGGAGAAGGCCUGGGCCCGCCACGUCCAGGCGCACAUACGUCAGUUCCUGAUCUACCGCCAUUGUCGCUACUUCCCCAUCCUGCGCAACCACCCAGAGAAAUGCGCCGGGAAAGUCUACCUGCUGCUGGCCAUCAAGUCCGGCCUCCCCCGGCACAGCCAGCGCGAGACCAUCCGGAAAACGUGGGGCCGAGAACGGGAGGCAGGCGGUGGCCGCGGGGCCAUCCGCACCCUCUUCCUGCUGGGCACCAGCCCCGGGAGGGAGGCUCUGGACCCGGACAGCCAGCUCCUGGCCUCGGAGGACAGCUUCCACCGGGACAUCCUGCAGUGGGACUUCCUGGACAGUUUCUUCAACCUGACCUUGAAAGAGGUGAACUUCCUCAAAUGGCUGGAUACCUUCUGCCCCCGGGUCAGCUUCAUCUUCAAAGGCGACGACGAUAUCUUCGUCAGCCCCGCCAACCUGCUGGAGUUCCUGCAGGACCGGAGACCUCAGGAGAACCUCCUGGUGGGAGAAGUCCUGGAUGAUGCCAGGCCCAUCCGAGCCAAGAGAAACAAGUACUACGUCCCUGGCGCCUUGUACAGCAAGACCUUCUACCCACCCUACGCCGCAGGAGGAGGCUACCUCAUGACCAGGAGGCUGGCCCAUGGCCUCUUCCUGGCCUCCCAGACCUUGGAGCUCUUUCCCAUUGACGAUGUCUUCCAGGGCAUGUGCCUGCAGGUCCUCAGGGUGAGGCCCAUGCAUCACAAGGGCUUCAGAUCCUUUGGGAUCACGGGAUUCAGAGAAAGCCACCUAAACAAGGACCCCUGUCUGUUCCGCUCCAUGCUUAUGGUUCACAACAUGCAACCCAAGGAGAUGCUGAGUAUGUGGGAGCUGGUCCACAGACACCUCAACUGCUCCCACAACUUCUGGAUUUCCAACACUGAGGCCUUGGAAGAAAAGAAGCCCUAGGGAAUCAUGGGUCCUUUGCUCAUUUUAUGUGUUUUAAUUUGCCUCUUGUUUUGUCCUCGGCCCAAAUGUAGAAGACUAGGGGCUGGACAUGAGCCAUGGACACAGGUGGCACUGGAAGGAAUGUAGGUAGGAGGGAAGACGGGCCUGGGUAAGCAGGCCAACCUCCCACCCAGAAUUGUUCAUAAAUACCAUGAGAAGAUCUAUCUGGCCUCACGAGGUCAUCCAAAGUGUCCCUGGGAUCCUCCUAUGUCUCCCCUGGUUCUUUGGGACUGAUGGUCUUGUAUGUAACAACAGCUCUGGGUCUAGAGAGUCCUGGCCCUUGCCUAACUGAUUUAGACAGCAGCUCUUUUGAAAAGAUCUACCCAUCAUCCAGGGCUAAGCUGCCAUUGAGAAAUGGGUGGAUAAUGGAACAGGGUCUUGUCAUAUAGCCCUAGAGAGGCCAAAGUGUGCCCACUAGCUUGUCUCCUGCGCCCCAGACACAUCUAAUAUCCAGAUCCAAUGAAGUGUGAUGUGAAAGCCAGCCUUGGAGUUUAGGUCUAGGCACUCACAUAGGCCAACCUGAACACCAUCCUGGCACAAACCUGCAGUGAAAAUACUGAAAAGGCCCUGCAAGCCUCAGUCACCACUGGUGUACCAGAUAUACACUGAACUGUUCUCCUGUGCCUAAGAAAUACUCUCUCUCCUCUUGCCCUGUCCCUCAAGUGCUCGCACAUCUGGAUGUGUAUGCUUCCAGAUGCUCAAGUGGCUGACAAAUACACAUGCUUGGGAUGACCCCAGCUACUCAUUCUCUAGACAAGAUUCUUGGCGUUUUAUAAAACCAUCCUUGGAUGGGAUAAGCUAUUGACGCUGCCCACCUCUGAGGUAGAACCCUUCCAACCUUCUGCGAUGCUGACUCUCAUGUUCCAUUGACUUCCAAGCCCAAAUGGUCACAAGGAGCUUGGGCCUUUAGGCUGUUUGGCUUGGUUAUCUUUCAUGAUUCGCCUUCUGUGGUCUGGCCUCUGGGAAGCUGUUACUUCCUUAGCUAUUUAUGGAGAUUUUCAGAGGGGGCAAAGGGGAGAGAUGCCUCUCACCUAUUGUGAUGCUUCUAUCUGUUGUGCUUCUUUCCUGAUCUUUUCACCUCCCUCUAUGAUACUACCCCCUCUCCUCCUCCCCAGGACCCUACUCCCCCUUGCCCCUACCCCCAGCCCAUGGCUCCCAGAACUAAGCAGAACCUUCAUUUGCCUUUGUGUAUAAAUUGAUUUUUUCCAACUUAGUAGCAAGGGCCAUUUCCAUCAUUAUGGUACUCCAAGACUCUAUUUAAAACUCAGAGUAUUUAUGACUUGUGUAUUUGAAAGAGAAGAGUUGUAAGUGUAUAAGCAUGCAAGGGGGCAAUCCCAUUCCUGUCCCAAAUGGAAGCUUCCUGGAGUAUAAAAUGUCUGUUCCAUGAUUCACUGCUUCAUUUUGUCAAUUAAAGGGGAGAUGUGAUAUGUUCUUGUGUGAGAAAAAAAAUGAAAAUAAAAAGUUCUUUGUUCCUUC